AUGGAUAUUGUUGGACCAAUCACUCUGCCAACGGUCAAAGGACAUCGGUUCAUCUUGGCAGUGACUGAUUACUUUUCCAAGUGGGCAGAGGCAAUUUCACUGAAAGAAGUCAAAGAUUCAAAUGUGAUCAAGUUCAUCAAAUAUCACCUCAUCUACCAUCUUGGUAUACCAAGACGAAUAGUCCAUGACAACAGAACCCAGUUCGUCAGUGGUUUUCAGAGGUUCUAUGAUAGGUUCAGGAUCCAAAGUGUCACAUCGAUGGCAUACUAUCCUCCAGCCAAUGAACUUGCAGAAGCGUUCAACAAGACUAUUGUAAAGCUUCUUAAGAAGUUUGUAUCCAAGAGUUGUCGCGACUGA